AUCAGCUGUCUCCAAUCACAGCUGAUAAACAUGGCACUGAUGAUCAGUGUGCCCUGAUCAUCAGUGUAGCCCCAUCAGUGCCACCUGUCAGUGCCCAUCAAUGCCAGCUGUCAGUGCUAGUCAAUGCCACCUGCCAGUGCCCAUCAGUGCCACAUCAAUGCCACAUAUCAGUGCCCAUCUGAGCUGCCUUUCAGUGCCGCCUAUCAGUGCGCAUCAAUGCCGCCUAUCAGUGCCCAUCAGUGCUGCCUAUCAGUACCGCCUAACAGUG